AUGUCGUACAGAAGUAGCAGUAAGGUUUCUCCACCUGGUGCAUACCCUGGGCGUGCACGACCACACUCAGCAACUAGGGACAGGACCCAAGCUCGUCAUGAGAGACCGGCAUCAGGACGAGAACGGAAACCAGAAGCUUUCAAGCAUGAACGGACGCCUAGCACGGACGCCGCAGAUCCAACCGACCUCCGAAAACUUCUUCACGUUGUUGGGGAGCUUCAGAAAAUUGAUGUGAACGCAGCACUGAGUCUCUAUCAAGCGCUUAUGAAGAAAACUGAAAAUGAGGAACAAAUUAAAUCUGAGGAAAAAUAUUUGGAUGCUUUGAAUGAGCGAAUGGAACUGAAAGCGUCUACGACUGCCACACGUGAUCGGGAGGAACUACAGGAGCAAUUUAAUGCUCUGUUGAACGAAAAAGAGAAGCUUGAGGAAGCCAACAAGAAAUUGGAAGGCAAAUGCAAAGAAAAUGAACGUUUGCAUACCGAAAUGCAACGUUUGGAGACAAAGAAUGACCAAUACAAAAAUAAUUUAAAAAGAAAAGAGGAAGAACUAAAAAAGGCACAGUCAGAAAAAGAUGACGCCCUGAAAAGAUUAAGUAAGGAGAUCGGGUUUAAAAUGACAGACAACAACCCAUCUAUCACAGACCUCAGUGACCCGAAUAGAGCCAUGAAACUUGGGGAAAGAUACAGCGAAAUUUAUGAUAACGAAUGGACGGACGCUAUGGAGAUACUUACGGGAAAUAGCAAGGACGAUAUCAGGGAGAAGUCUUGUGUGCAAAAUUUACACGACAUCCUUAGGAAAUGUUACAACCUCUGUGUAGAAAUGGCAGAUAAGCAGAUGGAAUCGCUUCAGUUGGCUUUGGUAAACCCAGCGGACCCGGCGAGGUCGAAACGAGCCUGGGUUAGUGCAGCGAAGCCAACGACAUCGAAAUCAGUGUGCAAACAGCUAAAGGAUUGUCGAAAGCAGAUGUCGUCAGACGCCGCGGAAUAUGUUUAUAAGGAAUAUGCUUACGAAAAGAUCGGAAGCAUUGCAGAAAGAAUACCCGUAUAUGUCAAGAAAUGUAUCGAAGUAUGUUGGUAUAUGUGCAUGCAUGAUCCACCCGUUGCUAUAGGCAAGGAUGUUACAGAGGGUGAAAAAUUCGAUACCAACAUCUACAAACCGUACACCAACAGUGGAACUGUCGUAUCCUACAAUGUCUGGCCACCUUUGCUUCUGCACGAGAACGGUCCGCUUCUUGCAAAAGGGAUCGUUCAGCCGGUGAAAGUGGAGAAAAAGAAAAGCAAGGCACAUGUGGGUAUGAACGGCGUGGGAGCUUCAGCGGCACUGAAACCAAUCAAAGGUUACGGUACAACAUAUUCCGCCAAUGAGGCAACUGGCCACUGGACUGAACGCACAGCAUAUGACCCUUUCCAGGACGCUUAUGGAAGAGCAGAGAGGGACAGGAUAAAGAAGCAAGAAAACACUGACACUUCGUGGAGGAUUCACGAGCCUUCUUCGAAUUACAACAAGACUAACUACUGUACGUCUUAUUCGGAGACACCAACUUAUGGCAAGGACGUUCAUCACUCACAUGUCCGUGAUCAUGUAGAAUCCAAGAGUACGUAUGAUAGGGACAGAGAUUACCAUUCACGGCCUUCGACAAACUACGUUCAGGAAUCGGUUUCUACUUAUGCACGACCAACAUUAUUACAACACGAAGGCAAAUUCUACGUAGAUGUUGGGGGAAGAUAUUAUGAAUAUGAAACCUAUAAACGUGCUAUCGGAAGAAAGGAUGAAUCAUAUGCAUGAAUUCUGACCCUCAUUCGCCUGAUUAAACAUGCUCUAUGAACGAGACAAGAUUUAUUCAUGUUGCUACAUAAUUCUAUCGAGAAACAUUUGUAAAUAUUCGGUGAAGAAGUAACAUUGUGAUUUAUUCUUAUAUACAUGAGCUUACUGGUGUAUUCAUAUAUAAAUGAUAGGGAGUAACCAAUUAUUCAGUUCCUUUCGUUUGAUGAACUCCGUUGAACUUUUGCAAAACCUUCAAAGACCCACACAUUG